AUGUCUUUGAUAAGUAGGGCAAAUCGUCUUGGAGGUUUCACGACCGAUGCAAAGCAUUGGGAAUACGAAUGGUCCACUACUGCUAAACAAAAUGAAAAUGGUACUGAUGAGAAGGUAAAAUAUAAGUUCAAGCAAUGGGUAAAAAAAGAUCAUCCUUUGAGAGAUGUAGUUGAGGAUGAUACAGAUGUUCUUAACUUAGAUGAAUUUGAUAGGACGAAGAUAGCUAAGAAAAAUGCUCGUGUCCAGGAGAAAAGUGGCCCAGAUUCACUCUCAAUUAACGAUAUAAGAGGAGCUGUUGGUGGUUCUGACAUUCCUGGGUUCUCAGGAUCGGAUGCUAAGAAAGAAGCCGAGAGUGAAGCUGCUGUUGAAACUCCUGUGGUUGAAACUCCAGCGGAAGAAACUCCGGCUGAAGAUACACCGGCAGAGGUAAAAGACCAAGAAGGCGACGUAAAGAUGGAAUGA